AUGGCCAACUCUCCUGACCCUUAUCCCAUCAGAGUGCAGGAUGAGCAGGUAGUGAAGCCCGUGGUGAGCGUGUACCCAGCAGCAUCCAGAGUCCACCAGGAGGGGAGGAGCUCCCUGCUGUGUCUGGCCUCAGCCAUGUUUCCUCCUCUGGUCCAGUUCUCCUGGAAAAGACAGAAGGAGGACGGCUCUCUGGAGGAGCUGCUCCCUGCUGAGGGAGAUCAGCUGGAAAUCAGAGAGUCAGGACGCUCCGCUGCCAUCAGGGUGGUCGAUCGUGAUGCUUUCUCACUGGACAAACAGACCCAAGAUCCGGAGAGAUCCAAGAGGAUACAAGUCUCCAAUUUAAGCAAAGUAAAGAAAUACAUCUGCUACGUCAAGCAUGAGGGGGGAACAGUGGAGGCCCAAACACAACAAGAGCUUCCAGCUCCAGCAGCCUCCUGUCCUCCAGAGAGAGAACCAGCAGACCUGCAAGCUGACUUGUCCUUCCAGUCUGAGUUGAGGGUGAAGCUGCUCUUGCUGCUGUCCACAGUGCUGAUGGUGAAGAGUCUGGUGUACUGCUGUGGACUCUCUCUGCUGAUGAUCCUCAGAAACAAGGGACCGUCCACCAACUGCACACAUGCUGACUGACUGUUUUCUGCUGGACUUUUCUCUCCAUCAAAUCUCAUGAGACUAUGGAACAGGGUC